CAUAGAUUGGGUUUGGCUCUAAGCUUCUAAACGUCACCUGAAGACCUGAGUCCAGGAGGUGAACGUCAUUAUCACAGCCAAUGACCAUAUCCGCCUGCUAGGCUUAGCUUGACUCAGCAACUCUUUGCGAUCCAUCACCGUACAGAUGCCGCGGAGGACGCAUAAGAAAUCGCGGAAUGGCUGCAUCGAAUUGCGAUGAAAAACGGCCAAUAUGCUCCCAUUGCAUAUCAUCGGAAAGGUUAUGCGAAUAUUCCGAAUUGACAAUUAAGGUUAUGCAGUCCAACGGGAUUAGCAGAAAGCGAACAUCCCCCCCAUCGGUAUCAACCGAGUCGUCCAUUUUUAGCCCGUCACCAGAGUCUACUUCUGCUAGCCAGGUAGAUGCGCCUGCCAAUAUGCUUCAUGCCGAGCUGUUCUACCAUCUGUUGACAGAAACCUUACCGUCUUUGUGUAAGAGUGGCAACAACGGAAGUCCUUUACACCAGGAGAUGAUUAACCACGCACUGGGUACUCCCUAUCUAAUGAAUGAGCUCCUAGCUCUCGCUGCUUUACAUCUUAGUAUCAUUCAUGACACCCAGAAAGAUUUCUAUAGGCACCAUUCGACGCAGUUACAGAACCAUGCACUUCGGAUGUUUUAUGAGACCGACUCACAUGCCACCACGGAACCACCGGUACCGGCGUUCAUGUUAUCAUCCAUGGUUGGUAUGCAUCUCCUCUGCGACAUACUGGUAUAUCAAGACCAUGACUUUCAAGCCUUCCUAGACCGGUUCAUCCAUUAUCUCCGUAUCCACCGUGGCGUCCGCACAGUCAUUGGAGGCAAUUGGGAUCGGAUCAAAGAAACAUCACUCAAGCCGAUUCUAAGGGAUGCUGAGGCAAGCUUGCAGAAUCAUACGACAGAUGGAGAGAUGUGCAACCGCCUUCUUGAACUUAUCAAAGCCUCAAAGCUAGGGCCUUCACUGAAUGAAACCUAUGAGCAAGCGAUCAAGGCUUUGCAAUCGUCAUUCAAUGCUUCACAAUCUGGUCCUGCCGUUGAUAAUAUACAGGGUGCUCUUGCCUGGCCCAUCAUGGUGACUGUGGAAUAUACCGACACGCUAGUGCACCGUAGGCCAGAAGCACUUGUUAUUCUAUCACAUUAUGCAGUUCUUCUGCAUUCCUGCCGCAAUAUGUGGCUUUUCGGUGAUGGUGGCCAAUUCUUAGUCCGGUCUAUCGACCGAUAUCUUGGGCCGCAGUGGGCGGAAUGGUUGUACUGGCCGAAUCGCGUCUUGGCUGAAUCCACAACCUAAUGUCUCGAUGGCGCCUCUUCACUCUCCGACUAGAGGACCGGGAAUUGUCCAUUUUUACAGAAUUGUAGCAAUGAAAUGCAAUGCACAAAGGCGACACGAAAUUAUUUUGCUAUCCGAGAUGCGAAAUAUAUUCGUUCAUUCAGAUUGGCCGUUGAACCGCUUUUCUUGGCUCACGAUAUGGCAGUGCAUGAGUGGUCCGUGCAUACGCGGAAUUCUCUCCCAGCUUCUUGUGCAAAUAUACAUGACCCGCAUUGCAAUGAGUGGCGCAUGUGGAUCUUUUUCCGUUUCCUCGUAUGCACGGGCCAGUAAUGCAAUGCCAUCCAUUAGAAAUCCCAGGAUACUAGAAGAAGGACCAAAUGGCUUUCCCCUGUUCGGGUCUCUCGUUCAAGUUAGAGCCUUAGUGUUAGAACCUAA